AUGUGCUUACAAGCCAUUCCAGCGCAACCACUCAAGAUGCAGCUUCGAUAUGGGCUAUCCAAUGUCUCUCUCAGCAAACAGUCAAUAUACGCCAUUGUCGUAGCCUUCGCCGCCCUCUGGGUCGUGCAGAGCUUCAUCCGAGCAUGGUGGCGCCUCCGGCACAUACCCAGCGCGCACUUCACCGCGCCAUUCUCCUACUUCUGGAUUGGACGCACCACAUACAGUGGCCGUCAAUACUGGAUACUCCGCGACCUACACACCAAACACGGUCCUCUCGUGCGCGUCGGGCCCAACGAAGUCGUUACCGAUGACCCCAACAUCCUGCGCACCAUCUCUGCAGCGCGCAACCAUUACCCUCGCAGCGAUUGGUACGAAGCUGGCCGAUUCAACCCAUAUCAUGGUAACUUGUUCACGACUACCGACCCGGCAGAGCAUAAGAAGGCGAAAAUGAGGUCCAUGGCCGCAUACAACGGGCGCGAAACUCAAGGUCUCGAGGGUUUGAUCGACGACCAGGUCAAGACGCUUAUCAGCGUUGUCCGAAACCGCUAUGUGGUGUCUUCGCCAGGAAAGGGCCAGCCUCUGCUGGAUCUAGCGGCCAUCACGAAAUACUUCACCAUGGACGUCAUCACACGGAUGGGUUUCGGCAAAGCGGUUGGCUACCUCGAGGACGAAAAAGACCACUACGAAUUCUUGGGCACAGUAGACGAGCUUUGGCCGAGGAUGUCGACGGUGGCUGACAUACGUUGGAUCCGCAAGAUUGCAUUCUCGCCUUUCGUGCUCAGAUUGGUCGGACCGAAGAGCAGCGACAAAAAGGGCUUCGGGGCACUGAUGGGUUUCGCAGCUGAUCAGGUCAGCCGUCGCUUUGCUGCACCCGAUGGUGGUAAAAAUCACAAGGACUUUCUGGCGAGUUUGAUGGCUCGCGGCUUCACAGAGGAAGAGUGCCAAUCCGAGGGCCUUUUUCUCCUACUCGCUGGAAGUGAGAGCACCGCUAACGCCAUGCGCUCCAUUCUCAUACACACCAUAAGCUCGCCCGCCGUGUAUAAUCGACUCUCUGCUGAGAUCCGGGACGCGGUACGGACGGAGAAGGUGUCCUUCCCCAUUACCUUGGAGCAGGGAAAGAAGUUGCCGUAUCUGCAGGCGGUCAUCUACGAAGGCCUACGCAUGCGCCCGGCCAUCCUCGGCCUCUUCCCAAAACAAGUACCCGCAGGCGAAUAUCCAAUCUUCCACGGAAAGAUGCUUCCCCCAGGGACCGAUGUAUGCAUGAACAUGUCAGCCCUGCUGCAGUCAACAGAUCUGUUCGGCGCCGACGCGGCCGUGUUCCGACCAGAACGCUUCAUGGAGGUAGGCGACGAGAGACGCAGGCAGAUGGAGCAGGACGUUGACAUGUCGUUUGGCUACGGAGGCUGGGUAUGCGCGGGCAAGAACAUCGCUAUGAUGGACAUGGUGAAGGUGGUCUUCGAGAUGCUUCGCGUGUUCGACUUGCAGCUUGUGCGUCCAUUUGAGCCGUGCGAUACGAUCAGCUAUGGCGUGUUCCUUGACAAGGGGUUGAUGGUGAAGGUGUCAGAGAAGAAGUGA